GGAACGAUUUGAAUAUCAUAAGAUCAUUGAGUUGGGUCGUAUAAUCGUUUGAUUCAUGCUCGAUUUGUUCUUCGAAUAUGUGAAGUGGGUAGGUUAUUGGAAGGGGUUGCUGCUUAUCAUCUGCUGAAUUUUAUGAGUAAUUGCCAGUUACAACCCAUUGAAAAAUGAAAAGGUUAUCUCUUUGUGGGUGGGAUUGGGAAGCGUACUGCCUUAAUCUGUUUCACAAAAAUAUUUUUUUCUUUUUGAUCGGUAAAUUUAGUUCUUUUAUUUGCCCAUAAUUUAAUUAUGAUGUAAUGGAAAGUACUGUACUGGGCACUAGGAUACAGUGAUUAACAUUUUCCAUUGUGUGUUUACAUUAUACUCCAAAAACGAUGAUUAUAUUUCUAUGUUAAAAACAAUUAUGUGACUCACAACCCGUGGUUUCAGAUCUCUCAUACCGAUCGGCGGCGAAGGAACAAAGUUAAAAAAGAGCUGGCUACAAGACGGCGACAGAAAACAUUUCUCCCCCGUUUCUUCCUCUUCUUCUUCAAUGGUGGGACCAAUUUAGGUUUUUUUACAUGGACCUAAGUUUCCAUCAUCUCCGAUGGAGUCAAAAUUUCACCAUUUUUGGCUUUGGGGGUGUGAUGGAAUAAAUCAAAAUGGAUAUCUAAACUAUCUGCGCUUCUUUAAUUAAUGAAGUAGCAGUUAGUCAAACACUGCAACUUUCGAUGUUGAGCCGGGGGUCUCUUUGGAAACAGCCUCUCUACUUUCGAGUAGGGGCAAGGUCUGCGUACACACACCCUCCCCAGACCCUACUCUUGUGGGAUUUAACUGGGUUGUUGUUGUUGUUAUUGUUACAUGGACCUAAGCUUGGGGUGAGACUAUUCAUAUAUAUCAGAAUGGAAUUGGGAGUUUUAGUUUGUUUUUCUUUUGUCAGAUCUCUCUCAAUUUAAUUUCUUAGCUUUGUUUUUUUGAUUGAUUCUUGGUUUUAAUUUGUACUUUGAAGAGAAGAUAGAAUUGAUUUGACGUGAUAAACUAGACAGGUUGGAGUGUUAGACAAUGAAGGCGUGAGCCCUUAGGGAAAGGGCAAAAGUGGAAACUCAUCAGCUUUUUUACUUUACAUUAAAACCCGUGCCAAGUCAAAACGAGAAAUUUCAACUUGGACGGAGGGAGUAUUACUCUAGAAUUGUGCAAUUCGAGUUAUGAUUCUCAAUUUACAAUCCUCCAUCCCCUCUUCUAUCUAGCUAGAAUCUCGAUCUUAACAACCUUGCGUGCAUCUAUGCACUCGUUAGCUGGCAUGAAAUGUCUUUGAUGCAGGUAUUUCUCAGCAUGUUAGUGAGGGCUAUCUCUCUUGACUUACCACUAUGGCAUCGCAUUCUUGUUCUUGAAAUUCUGAGGGGUUUUUGUGUUGAGGCACACACUUUGCGAAUACUUUUUCAGAAUUUUGACAUGAAUCCCAAAAACACAAAUGUGGUUGCUAGUAUGGUAGAAUCACUUGCUAGGGUUGUUUCAAGCAUUCAGUUUCAAGACACAUGCGAGGAGAGCCUUGAAGCUGUUGCUGGAAUGUUUACCAGUAAAUCUAAAGGAGUUGAGUGGAGCUUGGAUAGUGAUGCAUCCAAUACUGCUGUCUUGGUUGCUAGUGAGGCCCAUGCAGUGACAUUGGCAAUUGAAGGCCUGCUUGGAAUUGUUUUUGCUGUGGCCACUUUGACUGAUGAGGCAGUAGAUGUUGGUGAGGUACUGGAAACACUAGCUGCUCUUGACAGAGCUAUUCAUUCUCCUCAUGCAGCAACACAGGAGGUCUCUAUGGCUGUUCCAAAACUAACAAGGGAUUCAUCUGGCCAGUACAGUGAUUUUCAUAUACUGUCUUCUUUAAACUCUCAGCUUUUUGAAAGCUCAGCUUUGAUGCAUGUAUCUGCAGUCAAAUCCCUACUUUCUGCACUACGUCAGUUGUCACAUCAGUCCCUCUCUGCAACGGUUAGCUUUGUACAAGCAUCAAAUCAAAAGGUCGGAAGCAUCAGCUUUGCGAUUGAAAGAAUGCUUUCAGUCCUAGUCAACAAUCUUCAUAGGGUGGCUCCAUUGUGGGAUGAUGUGAUUGGCCACUUUACUGAGCUCACAAGUAGUUCAAACCAACAUGUUAGAAAUAUGGCUCUGAAUGCGAUGGAUCAAUCUAUAUGUGCUGUUUUAGGAUCUGAAGUGUUUCAGGAACAAGCUUCCUCUAAAGUCUUUGCCAGCAAUGUUUGCCCUGAGAAUAUAGAGAUGAGAUCACUCGAACGUGCUAUCAUAUCUCCCUUAACAACCCUUUAUUCUUCAACACAAAGCGUUGAUAUUCGUGUUGCAUUGCUUAAAAUUCUUCUUCAUGUUUUGGAGAGGCAUGGAGAAAAGCUGCAUUAUAGCUGGCCAUAUAUUCUUGACAUUCUAAGGUCUGUGGCGCAUGCCGCUGAGAAGGAUCUCAUUUCUCUUGGAUUCCAGUGCCUCCGCAUUAUUAUGAAUGAUGGCCUUUCAUCAAUACCUACUAAUUGCCUUCAUGUUUGUAUCGAUGUUACUGGAUCAUAUUGUGCACAGAAAACUGAACUAAACAUUAGCCUGACAGCUGAAUUGUACCAGGAGAAUUCUGAUUUCAAGGAGAUCUCCGAGAAAUGUUCGACGCGCCCCCAUAGAGAUUUCUUUAUCAAAGAUGGAUUUCUAUUUGAAGGAAACAUACUAUGCAUUCCAUGGUGCAAUGUUCGAGAAAUUCACAUUGAUGAAGUUCAAAGAGGAGCACUUGCCGGACACUAUUGUGAGGAGAAGACGCGUGAUUUAGCUAGAGAGAACUACUACGGGCCGAAACUUGUGAAUAGGAACACUUUAUCAAGAGAAGCGGCUACCUCAUCAAAAGCUGAAUGGCAAGGAAAAGAGCUUGGAACACGUGGAGGAAAAGCGGUUCAUAUGCUCAUACACCAUAGUAACAUCUUGAUAAAACAGGGAAAUUUGCCACUUCCAUACCUUAUAUCUGUCCUUGAUAUUUACGAGCUUGUUCUUCCGAAGUUGCCAAACUACAGUAAUAGCGCAACCAGCAAAGUGAUACAAGAAAUCUUUCUUAGUCUUGGUGAUCUAUAUGUUCAAGCGCAGGAAAUGUUUGACAGCUUCAUGUAUUUAAAGCUGCUAAAAGUUCUAGAUGUGGGGAUCAAACAAACCAAGAUUGCAAAUAGCAACUUUGAAGCUGAUUAUGGCCAUCUUCCACCUUUGCAGCGCACUAUACUUGAGAUUCUACCAAUCGUAUGUCCAGCUAAUCAUAUUGCUACAAUGUGGCCCCCUUUCCUUGGGAAACUAAUGGAAUAUCUUCCAGGAUGUGAUUCUUCCAUUGGCGAAAUUGAUGAUGGAGAUCAAGGAAACACUGCCGAUAGUGUUGAUGUUCCUUGUAGAAUUGCUUCAAAUGCUCCAAAGAAAUCAGAAAAUUUAUCACCUUCAGGGCCAAUUGUCUCAACACAUAUGUUCUCCGAGAAACUUAUUCCUGUACUAGCAGAUCUUUGCGUGCAAGCUCCAGCUGCAGUGAAGUAUGACGUUUUCCCUGACAUUAUUCAUGUUUUAGGAAGUGGCCAUUCUAUAGAUACAGCAUUUAUUUCUUCUUCCUCAUUAAUGGAGGGUAUGGCUGCACCUCCUUACCCGUGGGACUUGAAUGCUGUCCCCUCAGGAUUUUUCAGUUGGUUGCGACUUGAAUGCUCUGCCUGUUCUGGAUUUCUUGUUUCGUUUCUGGCCACCUGGUUUGUGUUCACCUUCCCCGCCAUUGUCGCCAUGUCUAUCACUGCAAUGUUCACCUCCACUGCGACGGUCAGGCUUUCCGCCUCCGAUCAGGCCAUGUCCACUGCUGUCACCUUCUCCGUCACUGUCACCAUUACCGUCUCAGCCGCUGUGACUUUCACCUCAACUGUGACUCUCCCCACCUCUGCAAACUUCACCUCUGCUGCCCGACUUUCCUUAAAUGCCACACUCUCCUCAAGUGGAGGACUUGACCGAGCCUUACCUUUUGUCCAGUGCUGGGGAACUGAUACCUAAAUUCUAUUAUUAUCUGAUAGAUGUAUGACAACAAGAAGAGACUUUCCUGAUGGCACACUUUGGAGAACAGCAGUUGAAACAUUCAAUAAAUUUAUGGUUGAUGAUCUUAGCAAGGUGACCAAAAGCUCAACAACAGAUAUAGCUAAUAUAAGAUCUGCAAAAGUACGCACUUGGAAAGCAGUUGCUGAUAUUUAUGAAAUAUUUCUUGUGGGAUAUUGUGGUCGUGCUCUGCCUUCAAAUGCACUUUCUAUGUUGGCCCUGAAAGCUGAUGAGUCUCUUGAAAUGAAUAUCUUGGAUAUCC